AUGCCUCUUGAAAACCUUGAAGAAGAGGGUCUGGAAAAAAAUCCAAAUUUAGAACUAGCACAAAUUAAAUUCCUGCUUAGUUUGCCGGAGCAUAAAGAAGACCCUAAUUUGAAAACUAAGUUGCUGGAUGUCAUCAAAGCUGAGAAUAUGGCACCUUUUUAUGAAGAAGUUUGUAGAGAUUUGGAUUGGUCAAUAGAUGAAGCCUUAUUAUCUAAAAUGAAGGUUCAUAAUCAAGAACAAUUAAAGUUAUUAGAUGAAACAAUUGAAGAUGCUGAAAAGAAUUUAGGAGAAAUGGAAGUUCGAGAGGCAAAUUUAAAGAAAUCAGAACACUUAUGUCGCAUUGGAGAUAAAGAAGGAGCUAUAAUGGCUUUUCGUAAAACUUAUGAUAAGACAGUAUCUCUUGGCCACCGCUUAGAUAUUGUUUUUCAUAAUAUUAGAAUUGGCUUAUUUUAUUUGGACCAUGACCAUAUCACUAGAAAUAUUGAGAAGGCGAAAAGUUUGAUUGAAGAAGGUGGGGAUUGGGAUAGAAGAAACCGUCUUAAAGUGUAUCAAGGAACAUAUUGCAUAGCAGUACGUGAUUUUAAAGAAGCAGCUAAUUUCUUUUUGGAUACUAUUAGUACGUUCACAAGUUAUGAACUCAUGGAUUAUAAUACCUUUGUAAGGUACACAGUGUACCUUAGCAUGAUUAGUUUACCACGAAAUGAACUACGAGACAAGAUAAUAAAGGGUUCGGAAAUCUUAGAAGUUCUUCACACCAAUCCUGAUAUUAAGGACUACUUGUUUUCAUUAUAUAAUUGUCAUUAUGCUGAUUUCUUUAAAAAUCUUGCACAUGUAGAAGGACUGUUGCGAAGGGAUUACCUUAUAUUUCCUCAUUAUCGUUAUUAUGUUAGGGAAAUGCGAAUUUUAGCGUAUACUCAACUGCUUGAGUCAUAUCGUUCUCUCACACUUCAGUACAUGGCUGAGGCAUUUGGGGUUACCAUUGAAUAUAUUGAUCAGGAAUUAUCACGUUUCAUCGCAGCUGGUCGAUUACACUGUAAAGUUGAUCGAGUCGGUGGAGUUGUAGAAACAAAUCGACCAGACAGCAAAAAUUGGCAGUACCAAGCCAUGGUAAAACAAGGUGAUCUUUUAUUGAACAGGGUCCAGAAAUUGUCCAGAGUCAUCAAUAUUUAAUUUCAUCUAUUGAUAAAUGAUUCAGGUAAAGGAUUUUGUCAAUGAAAAAAUUAAAUCAACAUUUGGAAUAAUUCAACCAGUAUGUAAAAGUAUACUUUUUAUUGAUAAUUAUAAUGUUUACAAUUUAGCACUGCUAUUAUAGCUUGUACAAUGAUUACUUUGAUUUUAUAAAAAUUAAUACACAAAUUAUUACUACAUAA